AUGCAAACUCUGUCGUCUCACCCGUUCCUGAGCAUUCUGAUGGAAUUGGUGAAGCUCCAAGAGUAUGAAACAUGUCACAGGCUCUUGGGAAUCAUUGUUUCUAGAGAACAAAGAGCGUGUAAAGAAUGGGUACUUGGGACAUCUGGAGUUGAAAAUGCAUUGAAUGGGUAUUACUUUUCUCAAUUUGAAAAGUUGCUAAAGAAGGAGUACAAGUCAGCCAGUGCAGACAUUGCGCUCCUUGUUUUAUAUUCCCAGCUCUUUAAUUUUUGUUAUAAAUGCUAUAAAGAGGAAAAUACAGACCAAUUUAAUACUGAUAGGCACACGAAGUUUCUCUUUUGCCUCUUUGACGAAAUUGCGAGUAGGUUUCUAAACUCUGGGACACUUGUAGAGGACACUUUGCAGACUUGUGAAGUUUCCAAGGGAUCUACAUGUUUUGCAAAAGAUUACCAUUGUAUCUUGAGGCUCUUGAUGGAAAUUGUGGAGGAAAAAAUGCAAUUUUGUGAGUCGCUGGAAACCAUUGGAGAUAUAUGUCUUUCCUGUGUUAUUAAUGGGAUCAGAAUGAUUUAUGGAGUCCGUUCCGACACACCAAAUAUCUUUACUCCAGAAAAGGUCAGGGGAGCUCUAGCGAGUGAAAAUGUGAAAACCCCGAGUAUGCAGGCCGGGUCAAUCUCUCGCAAAUUUUCCAUGACAAACGCUCUUGAUCAUAAUACUCCCCUGUGGUCUGGAAAUAGCGCCCCUAUGAAACCGCAAAACGUGAUUGAGGAACUUCUUACGCCCCGUGAAAGGUACAUGAGGGAUGAAUGUGUGGAUGAACUAUCCGAUGAUUUGGAAACCCUCUUGAGAUAUGCCAUUCAUCUUUUAGAUGCCAAGGAAGGGCAUAUACAUAAACUUUUAUCGCAAAUUAAAGACCUUUUCUGGAGUUUUGAGGAGAAGGUCUUCCUAGCACGUCUGGAUGAACACCGUCGCUAG